UUCGUACGUGCGUUGAAGCAAAAUUUUACUUACAAUCCUGUUCGUAAACCAAUUUGUUCGUGAACGCGAUCGUUCAUAUAUCGAGGCACUACUGUAGUUGUUAUUCUUGGCUGAAUGAUAGAUCAGUGGAAGUAUAAUAGCAAAGCUCUGCAGAGCAACGCUGAGUAUUUGAAUAGGUACAGAUGACAAUUGCUCUCUUAUUUUCAUAGGCCUGCCUUAUACAAAUGUCUAGUACAGCAGUUCUUUGAUUUUUUUUUCCAGACUUGGCUACAUCUGCAAUGAAACUGAAUUCCACAGGAGGUCAAAUACAGGAACCAACUGAAAAAUAAAUUUUGAACCGUAUCAUGGUUUUCCACCUGUUGAUUGGCGGAUGUUAAGGGGUUCUAAUAAGUCUACAUUCUGGAGAUGAUCUGAAAAUAUUGCUUCAACAGUAUCUCCUUUCUUCUGUUAAUAGUUGAUGGUUAACAGAAUGUAUCCAGUUAGCCUAAACAAUUCAAUGCACUGUGCUUCAAGGAAAUCUCAAAUUCAGUGAGCCACAGAGGAUAGAAAGCAAAAAAAAAAAACCCUCCAAAUAUUGGCAAUCAUGGCUCAGAAAGCUGAAGAAUAAACACUCUAAAAACCUUUACAGAUGUUCAUAUAUGUGUACUUCCAAUAUUCUGUUUUUACGAUACAAUCUCCAGACAUUGCGUGGCCCACCUGGAAAACUAUUCAGGCGCCACAGAUCAGGUUGUAGUGCAUUACUUCAAGGAAACCGGAUCUCACUGCUCAUUGAUGAAUUACAAUGUAAACGGUUGGAAACUAUUUCAACGCAUUUGGAAAUUAUACUCUGCAAAUCUCAUAUAUUUAAUGGAUGAAUUUAUUUCUCUUUCUCCUGUAACAGAAGCCAGAGGGAGAUGAAACAUCAAUCAUGUAAAACAUGCAGCUGCCAAAUAUAAAGCAACUCCUCCUCAUACACAAGUCCACACACACUCAUAGAGCACCACGGUUCAUAUUCAGGUUCUACCACCAACCCCUACUGAAAGGAACACAGAGAGGAUCCAGAGUCAUUCUGUUCGGGAUGGGGUUCGGCAAAAUGUUUACUUGGUUUUUCAUCACUUGGGUUUGUUGCAACCUGCAUGUCAGUUGCUCACAACAGGCUGAAAGUGUGAAGCAGAGGAAACCGUUCUUUGAACGGCUGAGACGGCUGGAGGAGCAGUUUCGACGAUUUCAAGAACUCAGCUUGACACGAUUACAAAUCAUUUCUGCCAACUUCAAUAUUUCUUCGAGCGUCGACCUUCGACUCCAGUCGUUAGCAGAGCAGUCCGAUAACAUCAGCGCUACGAUGAGCAGAUUCCACACUGCCACCGAAAAUGACAUCGCCACCUUAAAAUCGUGGAUGAAGAAACUGCAGAAGAAAACCAAGAAAAUUGACCUGAAGAUGUCGACCUUGGAGCAGGUCCUCAACGAGCGAAGCAAACAAUUGUCAAAAGCGAAGAAGGAGCAGAGCGAGAUGAUGUCCAACCUGACCGCAGCCGUGGAGGGUCACAGGGAGCGAAUCAGCUCCCUGGCUGCAGGCAGGAGUCAGCUGCAGAAGGAAACGGAGGGCCUCCGGGAUGAGGUUAAACGCCACGGUAUGAUCAUAGCCAGGUUUGAGGAGCGGAUGAAAAGCGCCUUGCAGAACGACGCUCUCUCGGCAAAGCCCAGACCAGUGCAGGCGGCGGCAGCAGCGAUAGAGCCGCGAGUGCACAGGGCGAAACCUGUGAAGGCAGCCAAGCAGCAACAUACCCAAAGGGAAGGCUCAAUCUGCAAUGUGAAUUCGAUGAUGCACUUUCCCAAUUCUUCCAUUGAAAACUAUGCAAGCUUUGGUAAAGAAUUUUCAACUGGGCUAUUUGAAAUUACCAUCUGUUCUUGGCUCAAAACCAAGGCAAACUAUUUGGGAACAAUGUUGUCAUAUGCAACAGAGGAUAAUGACAACAAGUUGGUACUCCAUGGGAGAAAUACAAGCAAACAAACUACCAUACAUUUUGUAAUUGGAGAUCCAGCAUUCAGGGAACUUCCUGUGAGGUCACUCUUAGAUGGCAGGUGGCAUCAUGUAUGCAUCAUCUGGUCUUCCUUUGAGGGUAAGUACUGGUACUACAUAGACAGACGUCUGGCAGCAACUGGUUCCAAAUUCCAAAAAGGCUAUGAGAUCCCAGCUGGUGGAACACUUAUAAUAGGGCAGGAACAGGAUAAUAUGGGAGGAGGCUUUGAUGAGACUGAGUCCUUUGUAGGGAAUUUGGCUGGAUUCACAAUUUGGAAUCGUGCUUUGUCUCCUGGAGAAAUCUCAGGUAUCACCACAGGAAAGUUGUUACCUGGAGGCCAAAUGUUAACUUUCAAUGAUAUUUCUAUUCUUAAUGGUGGAGUUCAACAUUAUAAUUGUACAUGCCUGGAACACUGUUAGGAACAAAGAUCAUUAGUUAAGGACUAAUUUAACUCUACUUUGUACUGGUCAUAUUCCUUGGUAGUUGCUGCAUUGGUUUUCUAUAGCAAUUCAGAAGUGUCAUAUUCAUCCUUCAGCAAUGCUUUAGAAUUCAGGAUCACUUUCAUACUUUGGGAAAUCAGCCAGUGACAUUUGGCUAAACAUUCUGACUAUUGCAGAACUGUAGCAUUAUUGCUGUAAGAUUAUAUCAAGUCAUAAAAAGACAAUCUUUGGUGAGAAUUAAUGGAUACAUCCAAAUAAGGUCAAUGCAUUUCAAAUAAUCUUUAUAGAAUAUAAGACAGAAAUAUUUAUAAGAACAAGUACAGCAAUUAUAAAGAAUCAAAUAGUCCUUUAGAAUCUAUUUUUGUAUGGCACACCAAAUUUAAAUACUCCAUUAAUAGAGCGCUAUGGAUUUAGUUUGUAUCGUCAACAAGGUACACUACAGCAACUCACCAAGGCUUCUGCUAAAGCACAUCAUGAACUUUAUCACCUCGAGGUACAUGGACAAUAACUGUAUUGGAACAUCAGGAACUAAAAACAACACACCAUCCUGAUCUGGAAAUAAUUAAUCAUUCCUUCAAUAUCACUGAGUCAAAAUCCUGGAUCUCUUUAGAUAAUAGCUCCGUGAAUGCACCUAUAUUGUAUAUGAUGUGGAGGUGCCAGUGUUGGACUGGGGUGGACAAAGUUAAAAAAAAUCACACAAC